UCACAUGACAGUUCCUCACGUAACAACUAGGAGACAGGAAGCAAAUAUGAAGCAAUAGGCUGAUUUGGAAUGAAGAAGAAGAAGAAGCCAUGCCUCUCUAACCACUAGUUUAACUACUGCCCUCUGUUUUAAUCUACCCAUCUAUUUUACUAUGUAAACUGGCUACAGCCAAGAGACAACCAAUGGAAUUGAGUUGAUUAGCAUGUUGGAUGCUGGUUGGUGGAUACAUUUUGAGAUACGGGACCAGAAUAUGUUUAAAAACAGAGGUAUCCUCUGGAAAGUAUAGCGACCAUGAAAACCAUGAAGACACUGAAGACCAUUAUGAUCCUGAGUGGUGUACUUCUGCUCUCCCUAAUGUUGGCAGAGGCUACAUUGGGCGACAUUCAGAAGAGGAUCAUUGGAGGGAAAACCUGUGGUGCCACUGAAAGGUUGUACCAUACAGUUAUAGAAUACCAUAAAGACAUUAUUGUUGGGAAAAGCAGACCUGCCCCUUUGUUUGUUUGUGGUGGUUCACUGAUCAGUAAGCAGUGGGUUCUAACUGCUGCCCAUUGCGUGCCUACUGACGAGAAUAUACAGAGUGGAUGGAAACUGUAUGUACGACUAGGUGCACAUCCUUCAGGCCUAAAUGUCGUAACCCUUGUUGAAGAACAGAACAUUCAUAUAUUUAAGGAAGGUAUAGACCAUGACAUCAUGCUACUGCACUUACCUGUUGACAGUACGGUAAAGGAUACAACCUUUGCCAAUCCUCCUGACUGUUCAUCUACGCCUGUUCAGGGGAAGACAUCUAAACCAUCUAUGGGUGAGGUAGUUCAGAUUGCAGGCUAUGCUGCCACUGCAGCUGACCAUUUUCUCAGGAAAGUAAGUGAUAAAUCAUCUACUCUGCAGUGUGCGGAUCAAAAUGUUAAGCGUUACAGCGACGCAUCUUGUUUGAGGGAACACACAUUCUGUGCUCAAAAAUCCGGUGUGGAUACCUGCUCAGGUGACUCUGGAGGAGGUGUGGUGUAUAAGGAUCAGCUGUACGGUGUUAUUGUCUCUGAUGACAAUAACUAUGCAUGUUCUGCAACAUCAUACUUCAUGGAUGUCUGCGAGUACAAAAAAUGGAUUUGGGACACUACUGGUAUUACUAGCUGGGAGCCAUGACAGUGGAUUUAAUUAACAGUAAAAGCUGAUUACUGUA